GUCGUCGUCGUGUCGGCAAGCGUCAUCAUCGACAUCGCUAGGAGCUUGAACGUUGCCAGCUAGUUGCUGUUCCGUCACUCGGAUUUGAUGCUACAAGUGUUGAGAUUCGGCUCGGAUCGGGCGGAUAUCUUGGCCAGACCUGUGGAUCAGCCAAGCGGCUCGGUUCGGUUCAGGCUUGGCUCGAAGCGAAAAUACCUUCGCCGAGGUGUUAUUUAUUGUGAACGUCAUAAAACCAGAAGACGGCAACUCAACGACCGUUAAAAUGAUUUCGACAAGAAGAUUAUCCAAGGCCACUUUUCAGGAGCUGGAGGAAAUCCGCCAAUCUGGAUUCCGAGAAUUCCGCAACAUUGAAGUGGACGAAUCCAACAUUUUGGUCUGGCAGGGUCUCAUCGUUCCUGAAAGCCCCCCAUAUGACAAAGGAGCGUUCCGGGUGGAGAUCAACUUCCCCAGCGAGUACCCCUUCAAGCCCCCCAGGAUCACCUUCAUGACUAAGAUCUACCAUCCCAACGUGGACGAAAAGGGUCACGUGUGCUUGGCCAUCAUCAGCGUGGAGAACUGGAAGCCCGCCACCAGAACUUCACAAGUCAUCCAGUGUCUGAUCUCGCUGGUGAACGUGCCGCAGCCAGAGCGUCCUCUGCGGGCCGAGCUGGCCAACGAGUACACGGAACAUCGAGCGCAGUUCAUGAAGAACGCCGAGGAGUUCACCAGGAGGCACGGCGAGACCCGCCCGGCGGAUUGAACCGGAAGCGCUUCACUGCCUGGACUAUAUUUUGUCAAGAAUGCCAUAUGUGGAAUCCCACGCCAAUGCCUUUUUACGACUUAACAAAAUUCUAUUUGGUUUCUAUGAAUUCUGCCUAGUGACAAGUGACCACACGUAUGAGAGCACCCAACGGCGGUGCGCUAGAAAGCCUGCCGAGCAACAACUGCUGGAAUCUGUUACUAUUUGAAUAAAAGUGGCCUGAAAAUUGAAAA